AUGCGCCCCAAAAGCCGUGACGAUUUUACAAUCGCGAUCAUUUGCGCUCUUCCCUUAGAGGCAGACGCCGUCGAAGCGCUUUUUGACGAAACGUAUGAUCGUCUCUGCAAGUAUUACGGAAAGCAGCAGGGAGAUGCAAAUUGGUACGUUAACGGACGAGUCGGCAAGCACAAUGUCGUACUCUGCUAUAUGCCCGGAAUGGGCAAAAUUAGCGCGGCGAGUGUCGCCUCGAGCCUGAAAAUAAGCUACACGAGCGUUCAACUUGCUUUGCUUGUUGGUAUAUGCGGAGGCGCUCCGAACUCUUCGAAAAGCCAGGAUAUCUUUCUUGGUGACGUUGUCGUCAGUGACAGUGUCGUUACAUACGAGUUUGGUGGAGAGCAGUCUGUUCAUGACAGGCCCGGAAGGCCCAGUCGCGAGAUUCGAACCCUGCUUGGUCGAUUGGGAACACCCUCUGCCCAGACCGGUCUUCAGUCUCAUUUGUUACACUAUCUUGAGGUUCUCAACCAGAAUGAGAAAAGGUGGGACCACCCAGGCAUUGAAGAUGUCCUUUUUGAGAGUUCUCAUCUUCAUAAACAUCGCGAGCAUUACCCUGAUCUAGAUUGCUGCUGCUUGAAAGGCAGCUCGCCAGAUGAGAUCUGCGAAAAUGCACUGGAGAGUGAUUGUGAUUCUCUCGGCUGUGGCAAGAGCACUGUAAUGCGUUUUCGCAAUCCUUCUACAGCGAACAAAGUUUCUAUUCAUGUCGGGCCAGUCGCCUCUGGCAAUACAGUCAUGAAGUCUGGCAAGCACCGUGAUAACAUCAUCAAACGAUACAAGGUCAUUGGCUUCGAGAUGGAGGGAGCAGGGGUGUGGGAAUGUCUGCCAUCACUUAUAAUUAAAGGUGUGUGUGAUUAUGCGGAUAGCCAUAAAAACAAGUUAUGGCAAGCCUACGCUGCAGCGACUGCCGCCUCCACCGCAAAGGCUUUCUUAGAACACUGGACACCUCAGGCACAGGAAACCCUCUUGGACACCAGUAAUACUUAUCACUUCAUGGUCCCGUUUUCGAGAAAUCCACGCUUUCUGGGUCGCAAAGACGAAAUCAAACAUUUAUGGAGCUUACUUUCGGCACCGGAAGGACCAAGAAGACUCGCUAUUACUGGAUUAGGAGGUAUUGGUAAGACGCAAAUAGCGCUGGAACUGGCCUAUCUUAUGCGGGAACAUGAUGCUGAAUGCUCAGUAUUCUGGAUACCAAGCACCAGUGACGAAGCUAUCGAGCAAGCUUGUAUAGCCAUUGCGCAACAGCUGGGGUUCCAGUAUACCAAGCCAGAUGAGGUGAAGGAACGACUCAAAGAAUACCUAUGCCAGGCGAGCGAGGAGUGGGUAUUGAUCUUCGAUGGCGCCGAUGACAUGGAUAUGUGGAUGAACGGCAGCGGUACGACUGCGCCUCUCAAGGAGUUCCUUCCUUCUAGUAGCCACGGCCGCAUUAUCUACACUACUCGCAACCGGAAAUUAGCUGUGAAGCUUGCAUCGCGUGAUGUGAUACGUGUGGGAGAUCUUGAUGAAGUGGUCGGAGUGGAACUACUGGAGAAAUCCUUGAUUCAACAAGAUCUGGCUCAAGAUAGGGAUGCUGUGGCAAAUCUUGUGAAGCAGUUAGCCUUCCAUCCAAAGGUUAUUACACAAGCUGCCGCAUAUAUGAACGAAAAUGGGAUAGGAGUGUAUGAUUAUCUGAUGCUUCUCCACGAGCAGGAGGAAGAUGUCGUGGAGCUUCUCAGUGAGCAUUUCGAAGCUGAUGGGCGCUACGAGGGCUCCAACAACCCAGUAGUCCUGACAUUGUUCGCCUCGUUUCGUCAAAUCGAGAAGCUUGAUUCGCUGGCUACCGAGUACCUCUCACUUUUGGCCUGUCUCGGCCAGCAAAGUAUACCGGAAUCGUUUCUUCCACGACCAGUGUCGAAAAGAAAGAUGGUUGAAGCCCUUGGGCUUCUAAAAGCCUAUUCAUUCAUUACUAUCCGACCAAGUGAUAGGUGCAUAACUCUGCAUCGUCUGGUGCAUCUAGCAGCUCGGCAUUGGAAGAGGAGUCAGGACCACCUGGAACUUUACACGCACAAGGCAGCAGAGCGGCUGAGUGAGGUUUUGAAUGAUAACGAUAUCAGCGAGAAGCAUCGGAGACGAUACGCACAACACGCAGAAUUUCUACUCCAUGAACUUCGGCUUAUGGCAGUCCAAGCGCAAUGGAACAUACGUGUCAGCUCUGGUGGUGAUGAAAGUGGGGCAAUGGAAGAGGGACUGCUUGUGCAGGGGGCGAAUACAUUAUCCCAUAGCCUGGAGCCAUGA